GCGCUGCGGCCCCGGCUUCCUGUUUCCGGGAGCCGCGCGGACGCGCCGCCCUGAGCCGAGAGACCGGGCGACGGUGUUUGUAACCGGGGUCGUUUUAACGAAAUAUCGCCUCGCCAUGGAUACGGGCCUGAGCACCGAGAAGAUCGCCUCCUUCAGCAAGCGCCUGAAGGCAGAGCCCCGCUUCCUGCUGGCCCAGAACGUGUCGACCUGCAGUGACCCGCUGGAGGUGUGUCUCCACCGGCAGACCGUGCAGGACACCGUCCACGUCUUCCAGCACAGCAUCCCCACGGAGGGCAAGCCAGUCACCAACCAGAAGAACUCAGGGAGGUGCUGGAUCUUUUCCUGCCUCAAUGUGAUGCGUCUUCCAUUCAUGAAGAAGUUCAACAUCGAAGAGUUCGAGUUCAGUCAGUCCUACCUGUUCUUCUGGGACAAGGUGGAGCGCUGCUACUACUUCCUCAAGGUGUUUGUGGAGACGGCCCAGCGGAACGAGCCGGUGGACGGGCGGCUGGUCCAGUUCCUGCUGUCCAACCCCACCAACGACGGGGGGCAGUGGGACAUGCUGGUCAACCUCAUCGAAAAAUACGGUGUGAUUCCGAAAAAGUGCUUUCCAGAGUCCCACAGCUCCGAGGCUUCCAGAAGAAUGAAUGACAUCCUGAAUCACAAGAUGAGGGAGUACUGCCUCCGGCUGAGAAACAUGGUUGCCAGCGAUUCCACGAAGGAGGAGCUGUCCAAGGCCAUGGACAGCAUGAUUGAGGAGGUGUUCAGAGUGGCCAGUGUGUGUCUGGGAAGCCCCCCGGAGAGCUUCUGCUGGGAAUUCCGGGACAAGGAAAAGGCAUUCCACCGGUUUGGGCCGCUCACCCCUCUGCAGUUCUACAGAGAGCACGUGAAGCCGCUCUAUAACAUCGAGGACAAGAUCUGCCUGGUGCACGACCCCCGACCCCAGAACCCCCACAAGAAGCUGUACACCGUGGAGUUCCUGGGCAACAUGGUGGGGGGCCGUAAGACGCUGUACAACAACCAGCCCAUCGCAGUGCUCAAGAAGGCCGCCGCAGACUCCAUCAAGGAAGGCGAGGCAGUCUGGUUCGGCUGUGACGUGGGGAAGCACUUUCACGGCAAGCUAGGCAUCAACGACAUGAACGUGUUCAACCACGAGCUGGUGUUCGGGAUCUCUGUCAAGAACCUGUCAAAGGCGGAGCGGCUGAUGUUCGGAGAUUCCUUGAUGACCCAUGCCAUGAUUCUGACGGCUGUCACUGACAAGGAGGGCAAGGAGCAGCAAUAUGAGAAGUGGAGGGUGGAGAACUCCUGGGGAGACGACCGAGGGAAUAAAGGGUACCUGAUCAUGACGGACGAGUGGUUCUCGGAGUACGUCUACGAGGUCGUCGUGGACAAGAAGUUCAUUGCCUCCGACGUCCUGGAAGUGAUGAAGCAGGAACCAGUGGUCCUUCCGGCGUGGGAUCCCAUGGGAGCCCUAGCCUAACCAUGGAAACGGAGGGGCAUAAACCCUGCCCCCUCGCCUCUCCCCACCUGGCCCUCUGCUCCCUGCUGUUGCCCCGUUAGACUCCAGACAGCCGGGUCCAGAUGAAUAAAGGAAGAGUUUUUUUUACUGGU